UCGCACAGAAAAUACGUCACAUGGACGCACCCACCCAUUACGUUUGUUUUCAUACACGUGUGAAGAGUUCGUCAGUCCCUGAAAGGUAGUCAUGGCCAAGAAUAAACAAAAAGGUAAAAAAACGAAGAAUGUCUUCCAGGUGGCUAACAAACAGACGAAACACAAGAACAAAGCUAAACCAGUCACCACUACCCUUAAACAUAUCAAUGCUGUGAAAAAUGAAAAGGUGGAGAGCCUCAAUCAGAUAUUCACAGAGGUGCAAAGGGAUGUCAAAAGUGUAUCAAAAUGCACUGCCAAGGUGCCCACAAAGCCAACACAGGUGGUCCGGAAGGCUCCACGGGAAUCGGUAAAUGUGGAUGGUGCCGUUCAACUGUUCUCUCAGCUGUAGAAGAUGGAGGAACGUCACCAACACAGACUGCUGGAGCACAUCAUUGGUUCCCGGAUGUUGUCAUUGCAACCUUGAGCGAACCUGUCAGUUUGACUUAUUUUAGUCUUGUAUAUUGUGCAGAUAGACUUUAUUAUAAGUAGAUCUGGUCAUGAAUAUGGGAUCUGGGCUUGUUUCAUUAAUUAGAGGUGAAUGAGUUAGGAUGAGGAUUCCAUAUAGUUUUAAACGAUGUGCUUGGGCGGAUAAAGGUGUAGAGAAGAUAUGUAAUCAAAUUGUCUGGAUUUCAAAUAAUUUCCUGUCUUUGCUAAAGGCUAAUAAUAAUUUAGUGAAUAGAAUGCUCAAUAAUGGUA